AUGAACGGUCCUACAAUUGCCGGUGCCCCCCGCCCUCUCGCCGCACCUCCGGGAAAGAAAACACGGCCUCCAACUCUAUCACUCGCCACAUCAGGGAAACGACAGACUCCGUCCAACACCAUCAUCGAGCUCGAGACGCCUCUUGAGGAACGUCAGGCCGCGCUCGAUGCCGCACGUCGGUUCACUAACUCACCACCGCCCAUAUCUCCGAAAUUGGGAACCACCACCCAUAGCUCAUCCUCGUCGUCUUCCACUAUCGCUUCCGCAGUAGUCGCACCGCCAGGAUCAAUCCUGUUUUCUCCCGCGACUAUCAACAAUUCGCGUCACGAUUCUCCACUGGAACUAUCUGCAGACGACCUCACAAGGGAACUUGCUGCCAUCGAACAACUCCGCCUUAGUGUAAAGAAGAACCUCCAACUACGUCCUAUCCAGAAUUUGACAACGACGUCAAUAUUGAACACAGAUGUGAACACCCAACCAUCACCGCCCCAUUCUCCCUCCGCUUCGUCACGUCCUGUCUCCAUGGUGUCCACAUGGUCAGACUACAGUCAAGCGCGCUCAGGGAGCCCAAAUUCCUCCGUUAACUCACCGAGUUUAUAUUAUACACCCUUGUCGGAGAAUGGGCCAGGGAGUGCGAGAUACAUCGGGAGUGGUUUCAGUGACAGGUUCAGUGCUAGCUAUGGAAGUGAUAAUGGGAUCGGUAGUGCGUUCGGACCGAGCUUUCCUCAUCGCGAUUCGCAUCGACUAUCUCAGCCGCCAAUAAACGAAGAAUACCUGCAACAAUUGGCAUCAUCGCAACCUCUUCGACCGCUCCAAUUCAACCAACCAGAGCAGCAUUCGCAACAAUUCCAUCAUCAUCCCCAAUCUCCACCACAGUAUUCCUCAUCCCCUGCUCGUCCGCUCGAUUCCUCGCUCCUCGUCUCACGACUGCUCGCUCCUACUCGGCCACUACUCAUCGACACACGUCCGGUCAGCUCCUACCUCUCCUCCCGCAUUCAACACUCCAUCAAUAUGGCCAUCCCUUCGCUUAUUUUGAAGCGAUCAAAGAAACCUGGAGGUGCCUUUACGUCGAUCGGGUCAUUGAGGCAAUUCAUCACUACGCAAGAUGCUAGGGAGGAGUGGGAUGAAUUGUUUGGUGUGGGCGGAAAGGACGAAAAGGAUGUAGUCGCGUAUGGGGAAGGUCAUGGGGAUUGGGACGGAGACGUGAUCGUGUUCGACGAGGAGAUGAAUGAGCACGAGAGGUUCAAUGCAGGCGUGACCGCUUGGAGUUUAUUGCCUGUCUUGGAACCUCUGCUCGAGCACGGAGGCACGGUCGAAUAUCUGGAAGGAGGGAUAAAGAAAGCCAAGAUGAACCCGGACCUGAGAAGGUUCAUUAUCACACCCGGCGACUCUAUUUCCGCCACUUCCUCUCCCGGUCUCGGUGCUGGUACAAUAUCGGCACCCCCGGGCAAAUCAAAACUAUUGGGGAAGAAAAAGAGUGCGCUUGGUCUCUCGCAACUCGAUACUAGCUCUGCAUCCCGAAGAAACCUUCCGGAGGUGGAGAUAUCCCGCAGCGCAGAGACUUCACCUCUGCCUAUGAUGCAAAUGUCAUGGAACCCUUCCUCGCCUAAUCCCAAACUAAGCGGACUUCACGAUGCCACGCCAUCCCCGCCACCGUCACAUGCAUCUGGCUCAUUCCAGCGUCCGGCGCCACCAAGACGACCAAGUCUGACCGCGCUCAGGAAGCUGGACACUAAGUCUGCGGAGCGAUUAAACGAAAAGCAGAGGGACAGGUCGAACAGUGGGGCGUUGAAGAAGCUGGACACGAAGUCGGCGGAGAAGUUGACGGUGAAUACGGGUUCGGGGAACGGCAUUACGCUGCCCAAGUUGUCGGUCAGGACGGUGCCACUGAAGAGUGCGACGCUCGCUGCGCCGCCUAUGGGCGAGCAAUGGGCCAACGGUACCGCAUUAUCUCCGGGGUUGAAAUCGCCACAUUCGCCUUCGCAUCUUAAUCUGCUCCAUUCGAACUAUACACCGCCGGGGUCGAGGCGAUCGACUCCUUCUCCGAACGAUGCGAACUAUCUAUUUCCUCCGUCGCCUUCGUGGAACAGCAGCCAUUCUGGAGCUAGCUCGCCUCGCACGCCUAUCCCGCCUCUUCCGAGAACGCCACACACUGCCCGUCCAGAACUAUCGCCUUCGUUGUCUCCUUCCCGCUCUCGGUCGUUCUCUUUCUCGUCGGCCUUGACGCCCUCGUCCACCACCUCCGAAAGCGAGACCGAGGACCCGUUACCGCCGUUUUCAGUCUCCACCAUCCUUCCGAAUUUCCUGUAUCUUGGGCCUGAAAUGACGGAGGAAGCGCAUGUGGAGGAGUUGAAGAGGUUGGGAGUGAAGAGGAUAAUGAACCUUGCGAUCGAGUGCGAUGAUGACAAAGGGUUGAGGCUGAGAGAGAGGUUUGAGAAGUAUGUGAGGAUACCCAUGCGGGAUACGGUGGAGGAGGAUAACAUCGCGAGAGGUGUAAGGGAAGUUUGUGAGAUACUGGAUGAUGCAUCACUGCAUUCCGCACCGACAUAUGUGCAUUGUAAAGCUGGAAAAUCACGCUCCGUGACAGCUGUCAUGGCAUAUCUCAUCCACGCAAACCAUUGGACGCUCUCCCGCGCUUACACCUUCGUGCUCGAACGCAGGAAAGGCAUCUCGCCCAAUAUCGGGUUCGUGUCAGAGCUCAUGAACUUUGAAGAACAGGAGUUGGGGGGAAAAUCUGUCGGUGUCAUCAAGGGACAUCAGCCAGCCUCUGCGGGUGGUUAUACCGGUCAUGAUGAAAGUGAUCUGGACGGAGAGGGUGGACAUGGCCCCGGUGGAGGAGGCGGCAUGGGAGGGGCGAGUCAGGGGAGUUAUCAAGUCGCGGCAGGAGGUGGACCUCGGCGUCCAGGUCAUCUCAGAGAAUCUCUGCCCCCAGGCUUCACAUCCAUGACUGGAGUGAUCGGAGGUAUGAGCAGUAUGGGUGGAGAGGUGCUGGUACGCGACGGGGUGGUGGGCGAUUCGGGACAGGAGAUGGAGAUUAGGGAUGCGGAUGGGAGGUAUAGGCAUGUGAGAAGGGCGCCGGUGGAUGAGAAUACGCUGCAGCCGAUGAGGAGGGUGAGUAAGGCGGGGUUGGAGACGGCGGAGUUUAUGGAGAGGGAGUAG